CCAGACCGCUCUAUCUUGUCUAUUAUUGAAAAUGACAGCAGCCAAUGGAGAUUGAUAUUGGGAGGAAUUGCUGUAUUACAAUUUAAUCCUUUCAUGAUCUUUUAUUUCACAUCUUUAAUUGUAAGUCUUGAUUAUGAUGUCAACGACUGAAGGCGAGCUGGAUGUUGAAGUCUCCCUCGAACGGGAAGACGGGGAGUUGGAAGAUUCGGAUGUAGAAGAGGGCACGUAUAUUCCCCUGGCGCGGCCGGAGGCGUUCAACCCGCCGUCGCUGGUGCACAUGCAGAUACAGGACGAGCAGAGCGACGAGGCGUCAGCGCAGGAGUCCUCGGGCUCGGAGUCGGACGACGAGCCGCGGCGGCGCGCCAAGCGCACCAAGCUGCGCCCGCGCCGUCCGGUGCCGCAGCCCGACAAGAAGGACAAGUACAACAUUUGGUGCAAGGCUUUACAGGAGGACCUACUAACAGAGGACAUGGUCAGUUGUGAUGUAUCAAAGAAGAGCAGAUAUGGCGUUGAGUCUUAUGAUUAUACUAUUAAGUAUAGAUUAGAUGAUAACUAUAUAUCUAAGAAAGUUUUCACCUCAAAUGAUGAUUACGAUGACAGUGAACGGGUAUCCAACAAAAGGAAGAAUGCAGACCGCUCUAAUGUAAAGUUAAGGUUGGGUAAGAGAGUCAAUAGUCACCAGAGAGAUGACAAGCUGAAGCCUCGGAUCCUCGGAGACCUGGUAGUGAAAGCUGAUGAUACUACAGAAGCUAUUGCUGAAAAUAUUGCAGAGAAACUCUCUGAGGAUAAGAAGGAUUUAGUGGGUAUGUAG